GUUUCCAUGUUUGAAUUUCAACGGUCGACGUUACAGUGGAUGUUGGACCGGGAGCGGGGCCCAAGCCUGAACGAGUACUUCUGGGAGCGCCGGGCCUGGAAGGACGCGGAGACCGCGGAGGAAUGUUUUUACUACUUCCCCGACGCGGGGGAGCUCCGGUUGGAGAAGCCUCCUCACAGGACGGGAGGAGUCUUGUGCGAAGAGAUGGGCCUGGGAAAGACGGUAGAGUGCUUGGCCUUGAUCCUGGCCAACCCGCUGGCGGCUGAAGGGGGGGGGUCGGACGAGCGGGGCGCCAGCGGGGACG